UGUAGAUUGCAAAUAAUUAAAAACUCAAAUUAAGCAUGUGAUUAAAAGAUUUUAAAUUGUUUUCAGCCACGGCCAAUUAGCUGGACGAGGCCUCAGCUUAUAAAAGAGAUGAAACUCCACCGAGUGGCGAAUCGCAUUCAAAAUGCUUUCUGUGUGGUGGCCACUGUGGAAUAUUGUGCUGUGGUUUCAAGUGGUGCGCAUGAUGCCACAGCUGGACGAGUUUUGUGAACACCAUUCAGCUAAUACAAUGCACUUUUGCUGCGAUCUGCACGACGAAUCGCCGCAGUUCAGCGACUGUCAAACGGAUUGGCAUGACAAAAUUCACUAUACCACCGAUGAGGAUGAGCUGCUCUAUUUGUAUUGCACCGCCGAAUGCACAUACAAUAGCACCGACUUUCUGGCAGCCAAUCGUCAGAGUCUAAAUUUAAGUCACGUGCGCGAACACCUGGAGAACGACCUGGCCAAUGCUGCAGAUGAGGCGCUGCUCUACGAGGCAUACGUCAAGUGCGACAAGCAUGCUCUAGGACAACUCGAGCACAAGGACGUGCAAUUGUUGGCCAAACGUCUGACUACAUAUGGCUGUCAUCCGUUUCCGGGUCUGGUGAUGGAGUGCAUGGUCAGGGAGAUGAUAUUAAAGUGUCCAGCGGAGCGCUUUCACAAAACAGCGCAAUGCCGAGUCGUGCGCCAAUAUUUGCAAAAGUGCGAACAACGGCCGAAGAAAUAGUUUUGUAUAAAGAGGUAGAGAAAGGAUGAGAUGGCGCAGCAAUAAAUGAAAAUCGUGAAGAGCAACCACAGAUUAAUUUGUCAAGACUCCAGAUAGCAGGAAUACUGAAGCAGGUUUGAAGAGAAAAGUGUACUCCUAAUAUCGCUAAAGCACUGUCCAUCCAUGGAUACAUCUUA